GAAAAUUUCUAUGAGGAUUCAUUGGGAAAUUCUCGAGACAUUUUGGGAUUUGGGUAAUCUUAGUUUUUCACUUUUAAUUUAGUCUAAUAGUUGAGCAAGCGUCACUUUUCUUGCCUCUGUGUUUCACUGUGUUAUUAUUGCUCACUUUCGUUGUCUUUUGUGUUGUCCUUGUUCUGUUUGUCUCGAAGUUCCAUACAUUCGUAUCAAACCCCAUUUUCCAGGAUUUCCGAAAGGUUCAUCUUCGAAAUUUUCAUGUAUUUCUGAAUCUGGGCUUUGCGUGUUUGUGUAAUAUCUUAAUUUCUCCAUCCAUGGCCGAGUCGAGGUUCAUCGUUUUAGCCUUUCUGCUCUUAACUUGCUCCACGUGUUUUUCUUCUUCCUCCUCCUCUGGGGAUCAACACUCCGAUAAAAUCACUGAGUUGCCCGGACAACCGAGUAAUGUCGACUUCAAUCAGUACUCAGGGUAUGUGACAGUCAACGAAGACGCUGGAAGGGCAUUAUUUUACUGGUUGACUGAGUCACCACUGAACCGUACACCAGAAACAAGACCACUCGUUUUAUGGCUCAAUGGAGGGCCUGGUUGCUCUUCAGUUGCUUAUGGAGCAGCCGAAGAGAUUGGUCCUUUUCGUAUUAGACCAGAUGGAAAGACACUUUACUUCAAUCCUUAUGCUUGGAACAAGUUGGCAAAUAUACUAUUCCUUGAGUCUCCAGCUGGUGUUGGUUUCUCAUACACAAAUACAACAUCAGAUUUAUACAACUGUGGUGAUAAGAGAACUGCUGAAGAUGCAUAUGCUUUUCUGGUUAAUUGGCUUGAAAGGUUUCCACAGUAUAAGCAUAGGGAUUUCUACAUUGCUGGAGAAAGUUAUGCAGGUCAUUAUGUUCCUCAAUUGGCUCAACUUGUUUAUGAAAGAAACAAAGGGAUUCAGAAUCCUGAUCUCAAUUUCAAAGGACUUAUGGUUGGAAAUGCAGUUAUUGAUGACUUCCAUGAUUUUGUUGGUACAUUCGAGUACUGGUGGACUCAUGGUUUAAUAUCCGAUUCGACCUAUCGCAAUUUGCAAUCCGCAUGUGACCUGGGAUCAGCUUCACAUCCCUCAUCGGAUUGCGCUGCAGCUCUCGAAGUUGCAGAAAAGGAGCAAGGAAACAUCGAUCCGUAUAGCAUCUACACGCCACCCUGCAAGGAUACCGCAACGUUGAGACACAACUUCAGGGGUCACUAUCCGUGGAUCUUAAGAGCUUACGAUCCAUGCACCGAGCAGUAUACGAAAGUGUACUUUAAUCGCCCCGAAGUUCAGAAGGCUCUUCAUGCAAAUGUAACCGGUAUUCCUUAUCAAUGGGAAACUUGCAGCGACAUCGUAUAUGAUAACUGGACGGAUUCGCCUCUCUCUAUGCUUCCUAUAUACCAAGAACUAAUUUCCGGUGGUAUUCGGAUAUGGGUUUUCAGUGGAGACACUGAUUCAGUGGUUCCGGUGACAGCCACUCGAUACUCCAUCGGUGCACUGAAACUACCAACCAUUAACAAGUGGCAUCCCUGGUAUGACAAUGGCAAGGUUGGUGGGUGGAGCCAAGAAUACGAAGGGCUGACAUUAGUGUCGGUAACUGGAGCCGGUCAUGAGGUUCCACUCCACCGCCCUCGUCAAGGUUUCAUUCUUUUCCGAUCUUUCUUGGAAGACAAGCCAAUGCCGACAUACUCGUAUUCAUAUCUGUUGCCCGCAAUUGAUAAGUGAAAUAAAUUAGACUUCAUAAAUCGGGUUAGGAAAACUAAAUAAAAAAUUAAGCAGUCCGAUUAGACUCUUUGGAGUCAAGCCUAAAUAUUGCUACUUGCCUCAAUCUAUUUUUCAUGUAAGGGUAAACUUUUUUAA